AUGUAUUUUCAGGCUAAAUUAACAGUCACAGAAGCUCAAAUGGCGUUCCGAAAGGAGAAAAUUAAAGAAAUGAUGCACGAAGCACGUUUGAUGCGUCAUUAUGGCCAUGAAAAUAUUGUUCGUAUUUACGGAGUUGCUGUCGACCGAGAACCUCUAAUGAUUGUCAUCGAAUUGGUCAAAGGUGGAUGCUUAUCAGAAGAUUUGAAACAACGGAAGGGAACCGUUUCCGAUGAGGAAAAGGUUGAAAAAAUGUGCCUCGGUGCUGCGUAUGGUUUGCAGUACUUGCAUUCAAAAAAAUGCAUACACCGGGAUAUCGCUGCUCGAAAUAUUCUUUAUACCAAAGAGAAAGUGGCUAAAAUUAGUGACUUUGGAAUGUCACGUGAAGGAACAAUUUAUAAAAUGAAAACCUGUAAGAAAGUUCCAAUCAAGUGGACAGCUCCGGAAACCAUUGCAACUUUCAUUUAUAGCUUGAAAACCGACGUUUUUUCGUUUAGUAUAAUGAUUUGUGAAAUAUUUACUGAUGGGGAGGAACCUUACAAAGGGAUGUCCAAUUCAGAAGUGAAAAAAAUGGUUAUGACAGGCCAGAGAAUGGAAAUACCUAAAGCACCUGACGGUAUAUCAACGUUACUUGAACAUUGUUGGGAUCAAAACCCUGCAAAUCGGUGGUCCAUGUCUGAUGUAAUUCAUAUCAUUGCCGUAAAACAUCUGGAAAAAAUGGCUAAAGAUAUUAGCCGAAUAGGUCAACAGUCUUCUAAUACACAAAAAAGCCAGGGUCAGAGGAAUGUAGUGACCACGUCUAUGACCAGUUUACGUUUAAAGAAUACAACUAAAACAGUCACGGCAACGUCAGUUAAAGACACAACUUCGGGCAAGCAGAAUUCGUAUUCUUUCAAACAAAAUUCCUCGAAAAGCCAUUCUCAAAGUCGUAAGGCAUCGGUAAAUUUUCCAAUAGCAAGUUACAAAAUUUUUUAACA